AUGUUACGUAUUCGUUUGGGAGACUCCAGCACACACACACCCAUCAUCAUCAUCACCACAAGCAAACAGGCUCAGGAGGGUGAUUCUGAGACAAAGACAAUACUCACCAUGUCACAACAAAUUGCAUCAGCGGUUUUCAAUUUCAACAAUUACGUUUAUGAUAAACUAGAUCCUAGAGUCCGCGAUCUUCCUCUAAUGACGUCGCCAAUAGACAUGACUGUUAUACUGCUGACCUAUGUCUUCUUCUCUGUGUAUGGCGGGCCACAGAUCAUGGCCAAGCGUGAACCUUUCCGUUUGAAUACGGCUAUGGUGAUCUACAAUCUAUCCAUGGUUUUAUUUAAUGCUUUCAUCGUCUAUGAGUUCUUGAUGUCAGGGUGGGCUACAACGUUUUCAUGGAGAUGCGACCUUAUUGACACAUCCAACAGUCCCGAAAGCCUAAGGAUGGUUCGAACAGCAUGGUUUUUUUAUUUAUCGAAAUACAUUGAACUUCUUGACACCGUGUUCUUUGUGCUGAGGAAGAAACAGCAGCAGAUCACAUUUCUCCAUGUUUUCCACCACUCUGUCAUGCCCUGGAGUUGGUGGUGGGGCGUCGGUCUUACUCCUGGUGGAGGAAUGGGGUCUCUUCACGCCCUGGUGAAUUCCGGCGUUCAUGUAAUCAUGUACUUCUACUAUGGACUAUCUGCCGCCGGUCCCUAUUUUAAGAAGUUUUUGUGGUGGAAAAAGUAUAUGACUGCCAUCCAGCUGAUCCAGUUUAUGUUGGUAGCCGUUCACAUCAGCCAGUACUACUUUAUGGAAAAGUGUGACUACCAGAUGCCCCUUUGGAUUCACGUCAUCUUAAUGUAUGGCAUCCUCUUCUUUGUGCUUUUCUCACACUUUUGGGUGCAAGCUUACGUCAAGGGUAAGCGCCUUCCUGCCCUAGACAAAACCAAGGUGAAGACGAAUGGAAUAACGUCCCACAUCACUACAGUUGAAACCAACAAUAGCCCCAUGGGCAACGGACAUGCUCCACAUUAUGAAAAUGGAAAAGUAAAGGAAAUUUAA